AUGGCGGACAACUCGCAGAAGCCUUCACAGGAUGAGAAAAUCCAGGAAAUGCGUCGUCAAGUAGAUGAAGUCAAAACAGUUAUGGCUUCCAAUGUAGCUUCGAUCAUGGAACGUGGAGAACGACUGGAUAGCAUUGAAAGACGUACAGACGAGCUUCAAGCUUCGUCGGCGAACUUCAAGCUGACCGCUCAUCGAGUACAACGCAAGAUGUGUAUGAUGAACGCGAAGUGGACGAUAAUUUCUGUGCUCGUUGCUCUCUUCGUUACUGCCGUGAUAAUUCUGCUUAUUCUUGAUGCCUGUGGUGUGUUCAACAAGAAAUGA